AUGUCUCACAAUAAUAUUAAUAAUUCUGAUUCUGAUUCAGUGAAACGGAAAUUAGUAAUAAUAGGCGAUGGUGCUUGUGGUAAAACAUCAUUAUUACACGUAUUUACAUUAGGUACAUUUCCCGAAAAUUAUCAUCCUACAGUCUUUGAGAAUUAUGUUACAGAUUGUCGAGUUGAUGGUAUUAAAGUAAGUCUUACUUUAUGGGAUACAGCAGGACAAGAAGAAUAUGAACGAUUAAGGCCAUAUUCGUAUACGAAUGCCGAUAUUAUUUUGAUUGGAUUCGCGGUUAAUGAUCAAGAAUCUCUAGAGAAUGCCAAGGGGAAAUGGAUCGAUGAAGUUCUAAGAUAUUGUCCUGGUGCUAGAAUACUGUUGGUUGGAUUAAAGAAGGAUUUAAGGAAAGAUGUUAUGAAUAAAGAUCAGUUGGUGAAAAUAGAAGAUGCUCAACAAGUGGCGAAAAUAAUUGGUGCCAAAAAAUAUUUGGAGUGUAGUGCAUUAACUGGGGAAGGGGUAGAUGAUGUAUUUGAACUAGCUACUAGAUCCAGUUUAUUGGUGACUGAGGAUCCUAGUAGUGUAUGUUGUAACGUUGUGUAA